GCGUGGACCGGAGGAAGGAGGCGGGGCCAAAGUAGGCGGACGGGUAGUCUCUCUUGUUUGCACUUUGCCAGGCUGACUCUGAAGUUUGUGUUCCUGAGACCAGGAGGAAUUUGGCUUGAGGUCGACCGAGCGGACCCCCUCCAAAAAAAAGUGACAUCACCACCAUCAUCAUCAUCAUCACCACCAUCAACAUGCUGAUCCUCCUCGCCGGCAUCUUCGCCCUGCACAUCAUCUGCAUCAUCCUCCUCCUGGUGGCCACCAUCGACAACGCCUGGUGGGUGACCGACGUCUUGUCCACUGAUGUGUGGGCCCGCUGGGACUACAUCAAUGGAGUUUGGAACUACACCGACCUCCCAACAGGCUCGCACUACCCACAGGACUACCUUCAGGCGGUGCAAGCCACCUCAGUGCUGGCCUGCAUCUUCUCCAUCCUGGGCAUCUUUGUGUUCGCCGCGCAGCUCUUCACCUUGAAAAAGGGAGACCGCUUCACCAUCUCCGGCGUUUUUCAAGCCCUGGCCUGUCUCUGCAUCAUGAUCGCUGCCUCCAUCUACACCGACCGCUUCCACCUAGACGAGAGCCAGGGCUCCUACGGCCACUGCUACAUCCUGGCGUGGAUCUCCUUCGCCCUCACCUUCAUCUCCACCGUCAUUUACUUUGUGCUACGCAAGAAGACCGCGUGAUCGCCGUUUGACUGGAUCUCUUCUUUUAGGCACACAAAAUAUGAUUUAGGUAACUGAGCAAUUGCAGACUGUAACAUUCUUAAAAGAAAGCACCGAUCAAUUGAUGGAAUUAUUGUUUUUUUUUUGUUUUUACUCGGAACAUAAGGCAUUGAUACGACGUUGAUUAUGCAAACGUGUCCUUUAAAACGGACUUUGAAACAACGGGGAAACGUAGUUGUAUUCGUACAUUGAGACAACGUUGAUGUCGAGCGUUGGAUCCACGUUGUUGGUUGUCGGAAAAUGACCAAAAUUCAAUGGUCAGAUGCAUCAAACGUCAAAUCAACGUCGUCAAAAAAGCAUGUUGUUUCAACGUUGUUUUUAAGUUGUAGGAUAUUGAUAAAAAUUGACCCAACAUCAAUGUCAGAACCCAACGUUGAUUAAACGUCAUCAAUAAGCAUGUUGUUUCAAUGUUAGGUGUGUGUCGUUGAAUAUCGGUCGGGAAAUGACCAAAAUUCAACCUUGGAUAAACGUCGUCAAAAAGCAUGUUGUUUCAAUGUUAGGUUCGUAUUGUGGAACACUGAAUUUUGGUAAUUUCCCGACCAAUGUUAAAUCAACGUCACAACCCGACGUUGAUUAAACGUUGGCAAAAAGUAUGUUGUUUCAACGUUGUGUUUGAGUUGUAGGAUACUGGUAAGAAAAUGACCAAACUUCAAUGGUCAAAUCAACGUCAGAACCUAACGAUGAUUAAACGUCGUCAAAAAGCAUGUUGUUUCAAUGUUAGGUUCGUAUUGUGGAACACUGAAUUUUGGUAAUUUCCCGACCAAUGUUAAAUCAACGUCACAACCCGACGUUGAUUAAACGUUGGCAAAAAGUAUGUUGUUUCAACGUUGUGUUUGAGUUGUAGGAUAUUGGUAAGAAAAUGACCAAACUUCAAUGGUCAAAUCAACGUCAGAACCUAACGUUGAUUAAACGUCGUCAAAAAGCAUGUUGUUUCAACGUUAGGUUUCUGUUGUAGAAUACCGGUCGGGAAAUGGCCAAAUUUCAACGUAAGGAUCUGACAUUGAUUGAACGUCGUAAAAAAGCAUGUUGUUUCAAUGUUAGGUUUUCUCGUAAAUUUUUGGUCGGGAAAUGACCAAAAUUCAACGUCAGGAUCCAACAUUGGAUAAACGUAGUCAAAAAGCAUGUCCAAUGUUAGGUUCGUAUUGUGGAACAUUGAAUUUUGGUAAUUUUCCGACCAUUGUUAAAUCAACGUCACAACCCGACAUUGAUUAAACGUUGGCAAAAAGUAUGUCGUUUCAACGUUGUAUUUGAGUUGAAGGAUAUUGGUAAGAAAAUGACCAAAUUUCAAUGGUCAAAUCAACGUCACAACCAGACAUUGAUUAAAUGUCGUCAACAACUAUGUUGUUUCAACGUUGUAGUUGUAUCGUGGAAUAUUAGUAGGGACAUGACCAAAAUUACGUCAAACGUCAAAUCAACGUCGUCAAAAAGCAUGUUGUUUCAACGUUGUGUUUGAGUUGUAGGAUAUUGGUAAGAAAAUGACCAAACUUCAAUGGUCAAAUCAACGUCAGAACCCAACGUUGAUUAAACGUCGUCAAUAAGCAUGUUGUUUCAAUGCUAGGUUUGUGUCGUAGAAUAUUGGUCGGGAAAUGACCAAAAUUCAACGUCAGGAUCCGACAUUGGAUAAACGUCGUCAAAAAGCAUGUUGUUUCAAUGUUAGGUUCGUAUUGUGGAACAUUGAAUUUUGGUAAUUUCCCGACCAAUGUUAAAUCCAGGUCACAACCCGAGAUUGAUUAAACGUUGGCAAAAAGUAUGUCGUUUCAACGUUGUAUUUGAGUUGAAGAACAUUGGUAAGAAAAUGACCAAACUUCAAUGGUCAAAUCAACGUGAGAACCUAACGUUGAUUAAACGUCGUCAAUAAGCAUGUUGUUUCAAUGUUAGGUUUGUGUCGUAAAAUAUUGGUCGGGAAAUUACCAAAAUUCAACGUCAGGAUCCGACAUUGGAUAAACGUUGUCAAAAAGCAUGUUGUUUCAACGUUAGGUUUCUGUCGUAGAAUACCGGUCGGGAAAUGGCCAAAUUUCAACGUAAGGAUCUGACAUUGAUUGAACGUCGUAAAAAAGCAUGUUGUUUCAAUGUUAGGUUUUGUCGUAAAUUUUUGGUCGGGAAAUGACCAAAGUUCAACGUCAAGAUCCAACAUUGGAUAAACGUUGUCAAAAAGCAUGUUGUUUCAAUGUUAGGUUCGUAUUGUGGAACAUUGAAAUUUGGUAAUUUCCCGACCAAUGUUAAAUCAACGUCACAACCCGGCAUUGAUUAAACGUUGGCAAAAAGUAUGUUGUUUCAACGUUGUAUUUGAGUUGAAGGAUAUUGGUGAGAAAAUGACCAAAUUUCAAUGGUCAAAUCAACGUCACAACCCGACAUUGAUAAAAUGUCAUCAACAACUAUGUUGUUUCAACGUUGUAGUUGUAUCUGAAAUAUUAGUAGGGACAUGACCAAAAUUACGUCAAACGUCAAAUCAAUGUCGUCAAAAAGCAUGUUGUUUCAACGUUGUAUUUGAGUUGAAGGAUAUCGGUAAGAAGAUGACCAAACUUCAAUGGUCAAAACAACGUCAGAACCUAAAGUUGAUUAAACGUCGUCAAAAAGCAUGUUGUUUCAACGUUAGGUUUCUGUCGUAGAAUACCGUUCGGGAAAUGGCCAAAAUUUCAACGUAAGGAUCCGACAUAUAUUAAACGUCGUCAAAAAGCAUGUUGUUUCAAUGUCAGGAUUGUGUCGUAGAAAAUUGGUCAGGAAAUUGCCAAAUUUCAACGGAAGGAUCCGACAUUGAUUGAACGAAGUCAAAAAGCAUGUUGUUUCAAUGUUAUGUUUUGUCGUAGAAUAUUGGUCGGGAAAUUACCAAAUUUCAAUGGUCAAGUCAACGUCACAACCUGACAUUGAUUAAAUGUUGUCAAAAAGCAUGUUGUUUCAACGUUGUAUUUGUGUCGUUGAUUAUUGGUCGGGAAAUGACCAAAAUUCAACGCCAGGAUCCGACGUUGAAAAAACGUUGUCAAAAAAAAUGUUGUUUCAAUGUUAGCUUUUUGUCGUAGAAUAUUGGUCGGGAAAAGACCAAAUUUCAAUGGUCAAAUCAACUUCACAACCUGACAUUGAUUAAACGUCGUCAAAAAGUAUGUUGUUUCAACGUUGUAUUUGUGUCGUUGAUUAUUGGUCGGGAAAUGACCAAAAUUCAACGUCAGGAUCCGACGUUGAAUAAACGUCAUCAAAAAGCACGUUGUUUCAAUGUUAAGUUUGUGUCGUAAAAUAUUGGUCGGGAAAUUACCAAAGUCAACAUCAGAACCCAACAUUGAAUAAACGUCAUCACAAAGCAUGUUGUUUCAACAUUGUAUUUGAGUUGCUCGUCGCCAAGGACCUAAUUCAUCAAGUUGUCAACGUUGUUUCAAUGUCUUGCGCCUGCUGAGCUAUAAGGCGCGCCUACGAUUUUUGAGAAAACGAAAGGAUUUUAAUGCGCCUUGUAGUCCGAAAAAUAGGGUUAAAAUGCCUUUAAAAAAGCUUAAAUAUGCAUUACGAUGCUACGAGAAUGAUUAUUGAUAACGAUAUUUGUCGUACCAGCACCGGUUGAACAAGUCAAAUCUGUGGUCUGCUUUGUACGUACAUUUAAAUGUGGAUAUAUAUAUGGAUAAAAAGGGGGUGAGUCUAUUAUUUUUCAAUUGUUUUUGUUGUAGGUUUAUCGACUUAAAUGCCCCCCCCCCGGUCUUACUUUGUGCAGUGUCACUGAUUGGAUGGUGCAGGCCGACUGGUGGUGCAGUCCCCUCCUUGUGUAACAGUACUAACACGCAACGUACUAAAACGUCAGAAUCUGGUUCCAAAUAUUUUUAGCUGCAGCCAUGCGAGUAUAUAAAGAGAGUUGACAUAUUUCAAUGUAACUAUAACAAUCAAGUAUGUGACAAAAAGCUGCCUUCACAUAUUGUAUGUAAAUAUGUUCCCAGUUAUGCUUUGUAUAUCUAAUGCUGUUUUGUCCUCGCGGACGACAUGGACCAUGAUUUUUACCACAAAUAAAUCUAGUCUUUCAACCA